UUCGAUAGCGUUUGCCUGUUUGCGGUCGAUCGGUAGUCCACUACUCUUCCUUGAGCUAGCGAGCUAGGCUAGGCACUUAGGGCCUUGCUUGUGUGAUGCGAGUUUGGCUUUUGUUUUAUUACGUCUCAAAACAAUUGGAGUCCACUUAUACCGACCAUGGAGAGCGAUGAAUUAGAGGCAAUCCGGCGGCAAAGAAUGGCAGAACUCCAGGCGAAGCAGGGGGAUCCCUCAAAGAAUCAGCAAGGAGAUGAGGCCAAACAAAGAGAAGCUGAAAUGAGGAACUCUAUCUUGUCCCAAGUUCUAGACCAGUCUGCUCGUGCAAGAUUGAACAGGCUCGCUUUGGUGAAGCCGGAGAAGGCUGAUGUUGUGGAGAAGUAUCUCAUUCAAAUGGCUCGCUUUGGAACAUUGACAGGAAAGAUUUCAGAUUCCGGCUUGGUUGAGAUCCUCGAAAAAGUCAGUCAGCAAACGGAGAAAAAAACAACGGUCAAAUUUAAUAGGCGGAGGGUGAUGGACUCGGAUGAAGACGACGAUGAUUAGCUGACAACUGGAAUUUUGGAUUGAAUUUCUUUAAGGAAUUAAGAAGACCUUUUUCACUGGGACCCAGUGUCUUCAACUACCAGUGUGUUCCUGAGAUCCUGUGAUGUGUCUCUGGAAAAGCACACAUCAGGAGAGGGCAGCGACAAGAUUAAAUUGACAAAAUGGUUAAAAUGAUGUUGGAAUACAUGAAGUGUGCUUGUGGUUUGAUUUCACAUUUGCACUACUUGUGUUGUACUGCAGGCAACACACGACACUCUGCUGUUCCUCUUUCAGUUGUCACUUUUUUCAUAUUCACUAUGAUUUACAUUUUACAUACACAGAGAAGUUAGGGAAAAAAAACAUAACGAUGAUACAUUUGCAUUCGGAGGAAUAAUCCACUAUGUAGCUCUGUCGGAUGUUGCACUUGGGUCGCUUCUUUUUGCAGACAUGUAUGUUAAAUGUUUACAAAAAUA